CAACCAUCCAGAUCUGUCUGUUGCACCACAUGAUUGCUAAUCCCCACUGUAUAUCUGGACCUUCUUCUCCUCUCGCAGGAUCCCCGUCCUUCCCCUUGACUAACUAUGCCCAUCCAGCUCACCAUGAACGAGAUACCGGAGCUGUCUUACACGCCCGUCGACCAUGUUGCCCAAAUCCACCGCCGCGUCGUCGACAAAUUCGACUCGCAUGACACCCGUCCCAUUGAAUACCGCCUCAAGCAGCUCCGAUCGCUGUACUGGGGCCUGAAAGAUGCCGAAUCGGCCGUUAUGGAGGCUUGUAUGCUGGACCUCAAGAAGAGUGCCUUUGAGACAUACCUGACCGAGGUGGGCUGGGUGCUCAACGACAUCAUCUUCAUGACCAAGAACCUGCAGCGCUUUAUGAAGGAUGAGAAGGCGGAAGAUACCAGCUUGACCAACAUGCCCAUGCGUCCGCGCAUUCGCAAGGAACCCUUGGGAGCUGUGCUUGUCAUUGGAGCCUACAACUUCCCAUUCCAGCUUUCACUGGGCCCUCUGGUCGGAGCUAUCGCCGCUGGCUGUACCGCUGUGCUCAAGCCUUCAGAGAAUGCGCCCAAUGCCGCCCGAGUGCUCCAGCACAUCAUCCAGGAGUCUCUUGACCCGAACUCUUAUCAGGUCGUCCAAGGCGCAAUUCCAGAGACGACCGCCGUGCUCGCUUGCAAGUGGGACAAGAUUUUCUACACAGGCAACGGAACCGUGGGGACUAUCGUUGCAAAGAAGGCUGCUGAAACGCUCACCCCAGUCACGCUAGAACUUGGAGGUCGCAACCCAGCCAUUAUCACCAAGAGUGCGGAUGCACGUCUUGCAGCUCGUCGGCUUCUCUGGGCGAAACUCAUGAACGUGGGCCAAGUCUGUGUUUCCCAGAACUACAUUCUCGUCGACAAGGAGAUCUUGCCAGAGUUCCUGCGUCAGCUCGAGCUUGCCCUGGCGGAGUUCCAGCCCCAAGGUGCAGAGCAACAAGCGGACUAUGGAAAGGUCGUCAAUGAACGUCAAUGGAGUCGCCUCAAGAAAAUGCUCGACAGCACCAACGGCAAGAUCCUGAUGGGCGGAGAAACCAACCAGUCCACUCUCUUCUUCGGACCUACAGUAGUCCAAGUCAGCAGCGCAGACGACCCGCUUCUCGCCGAUGAGUCAUUCGGUCCACUGAUCCCCAUCCUCCCUGUUGACAAUCUGGACGAAGCAAUUCGUGUCGCGAACAAAGUCGAUCCCACUCCUCUCGGAAUCUACCCCUUUGGCAGCACCGCCGAAACCAACAAAAUUCUCUCCCAGACUCGUUCGGGAGGCGCAUCAGUCAAUGAUGCUUUCUUCCACGCAUCCAUCCCCACCCUAGCCUUCGGUGGCGUCGGGAACUCAGGCACAGGCUCAUACCGCGGCAAAGCCUCCUUUGACUGCUUCACGCACCGCAGAAGUGUGACCACCACCCCCGCAUGGAUCGAGGGUCUCCUCGCAGUCCGUUACCCGCCUUACACAGAUGCCAAGUUGAAGAAGUUCAGAGGCAUGUCGGAGUUGAAACCCGAUUUCGACCGCAAUGGCAAUCCCACUGGUUCGGGGCUGUUGUGGUGGGUUCUUGGUAAGUCAAGGUAUCCGGCAUUGGAGCAGAACAAUGGCAAGAGCAAAAUUUGAGGAUGCAAAUAUUACCACAAAAAAAAAAAAGAUUAUCCUGCAGCGACUAAUGAAAGAGUGUAUGCAGGACUUGGGGGCAAGAGUAAGACUGGAGGUAUGACGAGAUGGGUACUCGUCGCAAUGAUUGCCACGCUGGUGAGGUGGUAUAACGCCAGAUCUGCUGCUUGAUAGGGGAGGGGGGUAACGAUUUAAUUUCUAGAAAAGACGUUGGAAGAAAGAGAUGAUUACCUCGGGUUCUUAAGAUUCGGUUGAUGUACAGUAUAUUAUUACACGUACCUAUUGAUAUCCAUGAAAUUUUC